GACAGUUCACUUCGAGCGGUUCGCCGUGUAGGAUUUGUAACGAGCAAAAUAGCAGUAGGUAGUGUAAUAACAAUAAUAAUUCGACAGAAAUAACGAGCACUUUUCCUCAUCAUCAUCGUUGGUCCGUGAAAAAUCGCGAAAUCGUUGGUGCCAACCGGAUCAGUGUUAAUCAAUUGUGAGUGAUUUUUCGCCGUAGGCAACGGGAAAAAAUCCCGGUCCAGUGUGAUAUUCCAGUCUAUUUUUUAUACAAGUAUUACCCUCAAAGAGCGGUUUAUUCGACUACAAACGAACGAAACAAAUCAAACACACACAACAGUCAAAAUGUUCAAAAGCCACCUAGCGAUGAUUGGCAUGAAUGAGACGCCAAACAAGAAAGCCAGAUUCUGGCAAACUUACAUCAGAUCGCUUAAAGGAUCCGACGAUAUCCGCGCACACGAUUCGGCCUCCUGGCGGCACCGGCCCAUUCUGUUGUUCGAUGAACCGGAAACGGCCACCGGAAGGAUCCACUCGCCCGGCUACCACUAUCAGCCGGUGCACCGGGAAACCUACGGCUACUCACCGCGCCCAAUCUACGACCAUCACUAUCCACGCUCCCGGCGGGCAGCCAGCGUUAGCCGACUGGACGCCGAGAGGGCCUGGGCCGACCAUCUGGAGCGGAUGAGGGACAUCGAUCGCAGAGGUUUUCGAUAUGGAGCAUCAUACCCAUCGCGUUACGGACUGUACCUGAAGGACAAACCCAGCCAGGUCGUGCUGCCCCAGGAGCUCGAGUACGAACCGGAAACGAAGCCGAUCUUCUCGCUGCACUAAGACUGCUGCGGCCUGUGUCGUAAGGAUCGAGCCGGCGCGUUUAAUUUAUUGGAGAACAAAAUGUAAAAGGAAGAAAAAAUACUAAAAUGCACAAAAAAAUCAUUAUAUCUAUGAACGAACCUACUAGACACACAAACACACUCUCUCUCUCUUACAGGAAUACACUAAAACAUGCAUACAUGAAGAACACAGAGAAUGGACAAAUAUUUAUGAAUACCUUAAUUAAUCGUUUAAGCUUAGAGAACACAAUCACACACUUACAUAUGCACACUACUUGAAGGUUACAUCGACAGGAUUAUUUAUUCUCGAAACAAGGACGAAACAAAGGAUUUCAUUUAAUCGCACAAAAAAGCAAACGAGAGUUAUUUAUUCUAUUGAUUCUUGCUAAGGGUCGAAAUGUAACAGAAGUUUUAAUUUUGUUUAUUAUCUACAAUGGUUUAUUAUGGUUUUCUAAAUAAAAAAACUUUCUCAAAGCCUAA